ACAGAGCGGCGCUGCCGAGCGGGGUCCCCACCCCGGGCGAGGUCGAGGCCUCUCAGACCUCUCCAGGCCGGGUCCCUGCGCCUUUGGGGCGUCCUCAGCCGCCACGCCCUCUAUCCAGACCCCGCGCCGACGUGGCGGUGCCGGGUUCCUCUGACAGGCGGGUGCCCCAGCAGUAACUCCGUUUCCCUGGGGGAAAUCCCCUGAGAGCCCAGCCCGACCUUCCACGCCUUCCACCUUCUUCACUUCUGAGACUGCAGCGCUGAGACACCCCCCCCCCUCGAUGGAUCCAUCUAGGAAAUUGUGACCCAUGAAGUUGACCUUGGAGCCGGGGAGAGAACCAGGGACCCUUGGCCCACAGCCAGCUGCCUGCCCUCUCCACACUGGAUACAUCCUGGAGGUCAGAAUUUCUGUCUCACAGUAAUUAAAAUCUAUUCUAUAUUUUGCAGCCUGCCAUACAGCCUGCUUGUAUGGGUGAAUGACAGGGAAACUGAGGCACGGGGAGUAGAAACUAUGCGGAUCAGAGCCUCAUAAUGAGCACCAAUGCUAGAGUUCAAACCCAGGGCUCCCCAGCUCUUCUCUGGGACCCAGAAAAUACUUCCUGAUAUACUUCAGGGAUCCUAGAGGAGACGGGCCUGGUCUUUGCCCUUGAGGGUCAUUGGGUAUGAGGCAAGUCAGAACCAUAGGUAGUAUUCGUGGCAGUUGUAGUGGUAGUGGUAAUGACAGUAGUAACAUCUCUGAGUAGAGAGUGAGGUAAGUCAGGAACAGAUAUUUGAGCUGAGGCAUUGAAGGUUGUGUAGAACUUCACCAGAGCCACUUACACCAAAAUGUAGAAUUAAUCACAAGCAAAUCUCUCUGCCUCACAGGUGUGCCAAAGCCAGUGCCAGCCUGCCCCGUCUGCAGUGUUGGCCUGAUGGGGUGGUGACCAAUCCUGUCCGGCUCCAGCACCAUGUUGUCCAAUAACAGCUCCUUGGGCCCUUGUUUCCGGCCCACAAACAUCACACUGGAGGAACGGCGCCUGAUCGCCUCCCCCUGGUUCGCUGCCUCCUUCUGCGUGGUGGGCCUGGCCUCCAACCUGCUGGCCCUGAGCGUACUAGCAGGCGCGCGGCAGGGUAGCUCGCAAACACGUUCCUCCUUCCUUACCUUCCUUUGUGGCCUCGUCCUUACUGACUUCCUGGGGUUACUGGUCACAGGCACCAUUGUGGUGACCCAGCAUGCUGCCCUCUUCGACUGGCAUGCUGUGGACCCCAGUUGCCGUCUCUGCCACUUCAUGGGCGUUGUCAUGGUCUUUUUUGGCUUGUGCCCGCUGCUUCUUGGGGCCACCAUGGCCUCUGAGCGCUACUUGGGCAUCACCCGGCCCUUCUCCCGCCCGGCAGUCACCUCCCAGCGUCGUGCUUGGGCCACCGUGGGGCUGGUAUGGGGUGCCGCACUGGCACUUGGCCUGCUGCCCCUGCUGGGCGUGGGCCGCUACUCCAUCCAGUACCCGGGAUCCUGGUGCUUCCUCACGCUAGGCACUGAGCCAGGGGAUGUGGCCUUUGGCCUGCUCUUCUCAAUGCUCGGCAGCCUCUCGGUGGGGCUCUCCUUCCUACUCAACACGGUCAGUGUGGCCACACUGUGCCAUGUCUACCAUGGGCAGGAGGCUGCCCAGCAGCGUCCCCGAGAUUGCGAGGUUGAGAUGAUGGCUCAGCUCCUAGGCAUCAUGGUGGUGGCCAGUGUCUGCUGGAUGCCACUUCUGGUGUUCAUCGCCCAGACAGUGUUGCGGAACCCACCUGCAAUGAGCCCUGCUGGGCAGUUGUCUCAAGCCACUGAGAAGCAGCUGCUGAUCUACCUGCGUGUGGCCACCUGGAACCAGAUUCUGGACCCCUGGGUGUACAUCUUGUUCCGCCGUGCUGUACUUCGGCGCCUGCACCCACGCCUCAGUGCCCGGAGCAGGUCACUCUCCCUGCAGCCCCAGCUCCCACAGGGCUCUGUGUUGCAGUAGGGCCUGGGUGGCACAACUGGACAUCACCCCUGCCUACAUGUCCCCUGCCAAGCCCUCAGUCCUCUUUGACUGUCGCAUCUGCCUGUCCUGAUAACUACACAAGCUGUGUGCUGGAUGGAUGGAGGAUUUUAGCUGCAGGAUUUGGGUCAUCUUCCAUCCACCCUGGGCAUACUCCAACUACUUCCUGACCCUGUCCAAGGCCUGUCCCCCUGCCUUAGCCCUUGUCCUCUACUUAGACCCCCUCCCCUUCUCAGAACUCUUCCCAACCCCAGGGAGGGGAGUUUUGGGGGUGCUGAGAAGAAAAUCUUGUAAGGCUUAGAGUGGCCAAGGUCUCCCUUCCAGAAGUCCUCCUGACACUGACAUGGAGGAGUCUUUGACCCCUGAAAAUGACCUGCUUGCUGGGGUACAGUUGCUUCCCUUUGAGAUCCUAACCUGGGAAGGCUAUCUAGAAAAGCCUGAAUGUGACUUGGGAGGACACCUCCUCUCUUGCCAACAUAUAUUCCCACCUUUGGCUUUUUCCCUUUGGGUCCUGAAGUUGUCAACCUUGAGAUUUAUGGAGAUUGGCUGGGUUCUAAUGCCUCUCCCACCUCAUUUAUGGAAUGUUUUUUUUCCUUUAAAAAAAUUUUUUUUGAGG